AUGGAUGAUACAAAGGUUGACGAAGCUAUCAAAGCUAUUCGCGAAUCCAUAACCUUUACAGCAGACACAGCCCUCCUCUACGGAUGGUGCACCAGGAAGCCCCAAAAAACAACAUCAUCCCCGCUCCCCACCCCAGAAGACACACCCCUCCCCAAAGUCAAGCUCGCCCUCCAACCCAACCCCCAGCCCGAACCAGGAUCCCUCAACCCGGACGCGCAGGAAUUCACACCCUCCAGCGAAUACCGCGACCGCAGCGCCAAACCAUGGUGGUACUUCAUCGACCUGCGCGGACGGACCGUCAUCGGCGAGUGGGGCCUGCUGGAGGAGAUAUAUAGUGAGAUGACGCGCGGGAAUGCGAGCCAGUACGAGGAGCCGCAGAGGACGAUCCGGGGGGGCGUGUGGUACUGUGUUUUGGUUCCCGAUGAGGUGCGCAAUAUUGGGAGUGCGUAUAUGCUGAGGUAUACUAGGCUCGUUGUGAAGUGGUAUGUGAGGCGGUUUGAGAGGAUUGCGAAGCGGGUGGAGAGGGCGAGGGGGUUUGAGUCGUCUGAGGAGGAGGUGGGGGAGGUGUAUUUGGGUUUGGAUGAGGAUUGGGAUGGGGAUGGGGGUGGGUUGAAUGGUGGGGGGAAGGUAGGGAAGUGA